UUCUUCUUCUUCUUCAACACCAUUACCUCUUUCUAAUAAUCCUUCACCCACUCCAGCUCUGUGCGAUUCGGAAUCCCUCUGAAGACACAAUGUACCGACCUACGUGGGCGCAUUCGACUCCGACUGGCCCUCUGCGGUGGCAAGAGACUUUUGCUCGCCUGCUUACUCCUUUGACCCUUUGGAUAUGUGUUUCAGUGAGCAUCCGAUAUGGUUACUAUGGAGAUAACUGCAUAACGCUUGGCCCGAGCUCAUCUCGCUUGAUGAAGGCUAGUUCUGUUUUUGUGCAACAAGUUGAAGUGAGAGAUGUUGACAAGAAAGGGGUUUCUCUCUAUGCUCUAUCUGAAGAGCCCAAGUUGAGCCACCAAGUUGAUUGGAAUGUGUCUAACUACUUGAUCAUUGGUGCUUAUAGUCGCAAGGGGUAUUCUUUCUGGUUAAACAAGGGUUCAAGGAUAUCCAUGAGAUUAGAAGCUCACCCUACCCAUGUAAAUCAACUCCAAGUUGUCAUGCUUAAGGGGGAACGGAAAUUUGAAUUACUGCAGCCGGAACAAGCAAGUUCUGGGAAUGCCUUUAAUGAAUCCAAAAUUGGUAAAGAAGCUGUAUAUAGCAUUGAGGAGGAUGACAGGUACUACCUUGACAUCAUAAACACAAAUCCUAAAAGCAUAAUCAUAACGGUGAAUAUGAAUGUCUCCUCAAAGAUGUAUGAUACUACAAAAGCUAAGGCCAUCUGCUCGACAGCAACUAAGGGUUCUUCCUGCCAGCUCAGGCUUAUAUUCCCCAAUACUCAUUAUGUCAUACUGACCACACCUAACAAUGUAAGCCUCGAUUUCAAGCUAAUAUCCGACAUGGUUAACAUUUCGGCCAAUUUAACCAACAACUCAUUGCAGGGGGAUCUUCUUGGAUGGUACAUUGAGCUUUCGUUUGUGGCUCGUGUGAUAACAUACAUUGGAAUCUUAGGGUUUAUAGUGGUCAUGAUCUUUCUAAUACUGAAAUACCUCGGCGCCUGUGAUGUUGAAAGUAGUUCUGUAGUAGAAUUCUCCAGACAAGAAAUUAAUGAGACUUACCCUAUAGUUCCACGCAAGACAGUUCCACAAACAUACGGUACAAAUGAAGAAGAUGAUGAUUCUGGAGCUUCAAGUAGCUCCUCAGAGGAAUUAUAUGAUGAGAAGCUAUGUGUGAUAUGUUAUGAUGAGCAGCGAAAUUGCUUCUUCGUUCCUUGUGGUCACUGUGCAACCUGCUACGACUGUGCUCAGAGGAUCAUGGAAGGGGAGAGUAAGGUAUGUCCCAUAUGUAGAAGGCUCAUUCACAAAGUGAGAAGAUUGUUUCACUCUUAAUUUUGAAGCUGGGGGUGAUCUUUGAUUGUUAAUUUCUGUGAUUAGUACAAUUUUCUGGAAAGAGAAAUUUUAUAUAGUAGAUAUCUGUAGAGAAUGAAAAACUCUUGUCACUGAAUCUGCAUAGCCAUGCGAAGAUCACUUUCCGGGAUUAACCUAUAUUGACGUGGACGACUAACUGAGAUCGUGGGAAAGCUGAGUCCUCAAAUGACGAUGUAAUUUAUGUAUGCUUAUUUUAGAUACUUGUUCAUUGAGGGAAUAUAGAUUGCACCAGGUCUUCGAAAUUCAACCGCUUGGAGUUGUAUAUAGUUUCUACCAACUUGGUUUGUUAAGAAAACCCAGUUUUGU